AUGGAUUCAAAGAAGCAGUUAAAUGAGAGUAAUGAAAAGAAAAAGUGGGCAACCGAGACAUGGUAUAAUGAUGACAUGAAAAGUGAAGAGAAAGAAGAAGGUGCAACAGAAAAAGGAGAAGCGGAUGUAGGAGCAAUAAUGUUAAAGGAGGACACAAGAAAACAAAUUCAUAAUAAAGAGAAUAUUGAGGAAACAACUGAAGUUAAGAUAACAUCUACCAUCCCAGAUGCUACUCAGAUUAAUAUUGAGAAACCGAUAGACGCACAAGAAGAAGCAGAGGUGAAAGCACAAACUGAACCUAUAAAUGUUGACAAUCAACAGAAGGUAGAGAAACCAGCAGAGAAAGAACCUGAACAGAGCAUAGCUGAACUGGCAGUCAACAAGAUAAAAAAUAAGGAUGACAGUAAGGUUGAAAACACAAUUGACACACAAAGUGAGCAAAAGGAAGCAAAAAGGGAUAAAGAAGAGGCCAAUGAUGGAAAUAAGGAAGAAGUGGUCUUCUUUACUUUAAGCAACAAAAUGACUUCUCCCAUUGAGAAAUUUGCUAGUCCUACUGCAAAGGAAACCCGUGUUGCUGAAUCCAACUCAUCAAUUCCUAUCACUGAAGCUACACCAAAUGAUAUGAUUCCUCCUCUGCAAAAGAUAGAAAGUACUCACGUUGUAGAGCUAAACCCUAGAGCUUCCCCACAAGCAUCUGAGGAGGCUGAAGCUAGCUCCCCUCUAAAGGAAAAGGCCACAAAAAGGAAAAGAAGAGCAAUUCGAAAGACUAUCAAUGUUGUCUUAGAUAGUCAGUCUUUAGAUGAGCCCACUCCCACUCCUAGAGAUAGAAAACCAACCCAAAAGAGGAGAAGAAAUGCCUAG